AUGCCUUUUCCAUUGACACUUCCAACCACCUCGUCCUUCUCGUUCUCUUCGCACUUCAGCAGUGAUUCACAUCCAUCCCUUCCAUUAUCCGCCAGUACGUAUCGUGGGGUCCUGCGUGAUGCAUUGAAGGAAUACAAGCGUCUCUCACCAUCUGAACAAUCAUCGAAACUCUCGGCCAUACUCCUCAGCCUAAAUAACUAUAUCCCAUAUCUCUUGGCGGUUGAUGCUGGGCUGAGCAGUCAGCAAGUUGCUGGAGAUGAGGUAGAUGUUGUUCUGAAAUCAACGCCACUGCUGGAAUGGAGGCCUACCCUCUCAGACACUGGUAUACCUGGACGUGAGGCUCCACGGCUGAAAGUCCAAUCAAUCGAAUAUGAAAUCUAUUUUGUUCUAUCGACACUCGCAUAUACACAUACUCUGCUCUCACGUGCAUCUCUACAUCCCCUAUACUCGGCCGCAUCCGCAUCACCCAGCACAGAGCAGCGCACGAGUUACAUCACUACAGCUUCGAAAAACCUUCUUUUGGCAGCAUCGAUCCAUGAUUAUCUCGCGACUCGCUCGGAUCAAGUAUCCUCAGAACCACCUUGUAUUGACAUCACAAAAUCAACAUUUAGAGCUCUUGCGUCUCUUGCACUGGCUGAAGCCACUCUGCUUGCUGUACUGAAGGAUGAUCCUUACCCGGCUGCUGUUGCACAGGACCGAAAUCAGAAUGAUAAGGAAUGGAUGAUUAAGGCACCCGAGAUUCCCAAAGUCAAAGCACAUCUCUUCGCUCGUCUAUGUCUUGCAGCAGCCGAGCAUGCAGCAAAAGCAAAGUCGUUGCUGGGCGCCAAGGGUCAAGGCAAAAUAAACCCGGAGCUGUUGAGAUAUGUGGACGAUCUGCGAAGGACUGGCAGAGGAAAGGCCUGUAGAUUUCUUGGCAUUGAUGCAGAACUAGGUGGUCAGACUGGGGCGGGAAUCGCGUGGUUGCGAGCUGGAAAGCACGAACUCGGACUUUCGUCGAAAGAUGACGGAGGUAAGAAAGGGCUAAGCCUUGGGAGGCUCAAAAAAGAAUGGACGGAGAGAAGGGAGGAUAGGAAGAUUGAGAAGGGUGCGGCUUGGGGGUCUGAUGCGGGAAGGUUGGAAGAAGGGAGAGUAUUGGAUAUGCUGGAUGCCAAGUGGACCAAGAUGAAUGAUACUGUCAACACGCAAUCUAUUCCACCAAUUGGACCGCUGAUGGCCACAAUGCCCUCGGGACGCGAAAUCCAUUCAUUGAAGCCUUUCAUACCACCAACUCUCGACUCACAGAUACUGGAAAGUAUGCGUGCACCGCCAGAUCGGGCGGAUGAUUAUGGAAGCGAUGAAAGCUCUGAUGACGAUAAAGAAGAUCGAGCUCCCGCUGGAGCUUUCCCAGGCACUAAAGCUGAUUAUUCAGGUAGUGGAAAUUACUAUUGA